AGGGAGCAAAUGUUUCUGAAAUCUCCACGACGAAGAAGAGAUUCUUCGAUUCUUUUUUGAAUACUUAAGUUAACUCUCAGUUUCUGCUUCUGUUAUGGUCUCUAAAGAUAGUUGCCGCAACGAAAUCCGUGCGGCUAUUCGACAGCUUAGCGACCGUUGUUUAUACUCCGCCGCAAAGUGGGCAGGAGAACAGCUUGUGGGGAUAGAGCAAGACCCGUCUAAUUUUACACCUGCGAAUACGAGGUUUCAGCGAGGAAGCUCUAGCAUCCGGAGAAGGUUCAGCACCAAUGAAUCUAUUUCAACACCAUUACCUUCCAUUGGCUUCUCUCAAGCAGCUACUCCUCUCCCGGAAGAAGAUGAAGCGAUUGAUGGUGACUUUUACCUUUUAGCAAAGUCCUACUUUGAUUGUCGAGAGUACAGACGGGCUUCCCAUGUGCUUCGUGAUCAAGUGAGCAAGAAAUCAGUGUUCUUGCGUUACUAUGCCCUUUAUCUGGCUGGAGAAAAACGGAAAGAAGAAGAAAUGAUAGAACUUGAAGGCCCUUUGGGUAAGAGUGAUGCCAUAAACCGCGAACUGGUAUCUCUGGAGAGGGACUUAUCAGCUCUGAGGAGGACAGGAGCAAUUGACUCUUUUGGAUUAUACUUGUAUGGUGUGGUUCUUAAAGAAAAGGGAAAUGAAAGUCUUGCUCGGGCCAGCCUCGUGGAGUCUGUGAACAGCUAUCCAUGGAACUGGAGUGCUUGGUCAGAGCUGCAGUCUCUGUGUACUUCGAUUGAAAUCUUGAAUAGCCUUAAUUUAAACAAUCACUGGAUGAAGGAGUUUUUUCUUGGCAAUGCUUAUCAAGAACUCAGAAUGCACACUGAGUCUUUGGCGAAGUACGAGUAUCUGCAAGGUAUUUUCAGUUUUAGCAAUUACAUCCAAGCUCAAACUGCAAAAGCUCAGUAUAGUCUUAGGGAAUUUGACCAGGUUGAAAUCAUGUUUGAAGAACUUCUGAGAAACGAUCCCUAUCGGGUGGAAGAUAUGGAUUUGUAUUCUAAUGUUCUGUAUGCAAAAGAAGCAUGUGCUGCGCUGAGUUACCUUGCACAUAAGGUGUUUUUGACUGAUAAGUACAGACCUGAGUCUUGCUGCAUCAUUGGCAACUACUACAGUUUAAAAGGCCAGCAUGAGAAAGCAGUUAUGUAUUUCCGGAGAGCUUUGAAACUGAACAAGAAGUAUUUAUCUGCGUGGACUCUUAUGGGCCAUGAAUAUGUUGAGAUGAAGAACACGCCUGCUGCCAUUGAUGCAUAUCGACGAGCUGUUGAUAUAAACCCUUGUGAUUAUCGAGCUUGGUAUGGGUUAGGACAGGCAUAUGAGAUGAUGGGGAUGCCUUUUUAUGCACUUCACUAUUUUCGCAAAUCCAUAUUCUUUCUUCCAAACGAUUCUCGGUUGUGGAUAGCCAUGGCUAAAUGUUAUCAAACCGAACAGCUUUACAUGCUUGAAGAGGCCAUCAAGUGUUACAAAAGAGCUGUAAACUGUACUGACACGGAAGGAAUAGCUCUUAAUCAGCUGGCAAAGCUUCACCAGAAGCUUGGACGUAAUGAAGAAGCUGCAUUUUACUUCGAGAAGGAUUUAGAGAGAAUGGAUGCUGAAGGAUUAGAAGGACCAAACAUGUUUGAGGCUUUAGUUUUUCUUGCUACACAUUUUAAAACUCACAAGAAGUUCGAAGAAGCAGAAGUGUAUUGCACCCGUCUUCUCGAUUAUAGUGGACCUGAAAAAGAAAAGGCAAAGAGCUUACUCAGAGGGAUCAGAAUGGCGCAAACCGGUUUUCCUUCAAUGGAUCUCGAGCAUUUUCCUAUUUAGCUGUACUGUUCCGAAUACUCAAAAGCUCUUUGAGAGAGAAUAUCUCCCAUCAUGUACACUAUAAACCUUUGUACACCAU